AGGGCAGGAGUUUUCACAGAUGGUGGCUGAGAUUAUGCAUCUGACGGGAGUAAUUGUUCCGAGAGACUUCAUUCCCUCUCUUGCUUUUCUCGAUUGGGGAGGCUACUGCCGCCGCAUGCAGGCCAUCAAUAAGGUAUUCGAUGAGUUUGCUGACAAGCUCAAUCGAUGAGCACAUUGAGCGAAGAAGGGUAAAAAAGUCGGAAAAACCGGACAUUGUGGACGUGAUGCUGGACAUGGCUGAGAUCGGAAGUGCGGAGAUGCAAGUCUCUCGGCUUCACAUCAAAGCAAUCAUCACGGAUAUGUUAAUUGCUGGAGUAGAGACAUCUACCACAACUUUAGAAUGGGCAAUGACUGAGCUGUUGAGAAACCCUCAAGCAAUGUCAAGGGCACAAGAGGAGAUUGAAUUAAAGGUUGGAAGAGAUCGUAUGGUAAGAGAGAGUGAUCUGGUAAGCUUAGACUACUUGCGAUGUAUGGUGAAGGAAACUCUUCGACUACAUGCACCAGCGCCCUUGCUCAUGGCACACGAGUCCACCCAGGGUUGCAAUGUUGGAGGAUACUACAUCCCACCAAAAACAAGGUUAUUUGUGAAUGUUUGGGCAAUCGGAAGGGAUGAAAGAGUUUGGGAAGAUCCUUUAGAAUUCAAGCCCGAGAGAUUUAUUGGCUCAAGCAUAGAUGUGAAUGGCCACCACUUCGAAUUGUUGUCUUUCGGAACAGGAAGGAGAGGAUGCCCUGGGAUUUACAUGGGGCUUUCUUCUGUUUACUUGGUUGUGGCUCAGCUCAUACAUUGCUUUCAUUGGAAUGUGGAGGGCGGUUUGGAUAGGGAGGAAACGUUUGGAUUGACCCUACCAAAGAAGUUUCCUAUCUCUGCUUUUCCCUCCUGGAAGCUCACCACUGACGACCCAUCAUAAGGUUGGAUGUACAGUUGGGAGAAAAACUACUAAUUGCUA